CACGUUCGUAGGCUACAAUCGGCGUCAUUAAUACAUGCGUCGAAGUUCUGAGUGUUUGCGUGCGAUAAGGUAGUUUUACUCGGCAGUUGAUAGAAAUGUGAUCGCACAUGCAUCCUUUGCGAAGGAUUGGGGUCUGUAUAAUAAGUCCUUGGAUGUGGCGGGAGUACGUGAACACAUGCUGCAAGAAUAGUUGUGGAAAUGAUUGCACUUAAUUUUCGGAAGUGGAGGUCUGCGCGGCGGUGUUGGAUUAUGUAUACAGACGUUUUAUUGGUUCCAAUCCUUUGGUUUUUCUCCGAGACGUUUGCUGCGCCCGUGCUCACAGCCGAACAGAUCAACAUGGGGGUGGACUGGCUGAGUAAGUUUGGGUACCUCCCAAUCCCAGACCCUGUGACAGGACAGCUGCAGACCAAGGAGGCUCUGACCAAAGCCAUCAAAGCCAUGCAGAAGUAUGGAGGCCUGGAGGAGACAGGAGUGCUAGAUGAAGACACCCUGGUUCUGAUGAAGACCCCACGCUGCUCCCUGCCAGACAUCUCAGAGUCAGAGUCACAUUCAGUCCGGCGGAGGCGUACACUGCCCUCCCAAACCAAGUGGAGUAAAAGGCACCUGUCCUGGAGGAUUCGGACGUUCCCGAAAGAGUCACACCUGCUGGGGCGGGACACGGUACGGGCGCUGAUGUACUACGCCCUGAAGGUCUGGAGCGACGUUUCACCCCUGAACUUCCAUGAGGUGGCAGGAACCGAGGCAGACAUACAGAUCGACUUCACCAAGGCCGACCACAAUGACGGCUACCCCUUCGACGGGCCCGGGGGCACCGUGGCACACGCCUUUUUCCCGAGCGACCAGUUCAUCGCAGGGGACGCGCACUUCGAUGACGACGAGGCCUGGACGUUCAGGUCACCGGAGGCUCAUGGGAUGGAUCUGUUUGCAGUGGCUGUGCAUGAGUUUGGUCACGCCAUUGGCCUGGCGCACACCUCUGCCAUUGAGUCCAUCAUGCGGCCGUACUACCAGGGCCCAGUGGGAGACCCACUCAAGUACAACCUCCCCUAUGAGGACAAGGUCCGUGUCUGGCAGCUCUAUGGGGUGCGAGAUUCAGUGUCCCACACCGAUCGUCCCGACACCUCUCACAGUGCAGAUCCCCCUGUCCUCUUGGACCUCCCCGAAAACAAGUCAACUGUCCCGCUGGCUCGUGACGCCCCAGACAGGUGCACUACGCACUUUGACGCCGUGGCCCAGAUACGCGGAGAGGCCUUCUUUUUCAAAGGGAAGUACUUCUGGCGCCUGACUCGAGAGAAGCACCUGGUGUCUCUGCGCCCGGCUCAGAUCCAGCGGUUCUGGAGGGGCCUGCCCACCAACCUGGACAGCCUGGAUGCUGUGUACGAGAGGCCUGGGGACCACAAGAUUGUCUUCUUCAAAGGAGCCAAGUACUGGAUGUUCAAGGACAACAACGUGGAGGAGGGCUACCCCCGGCCAAUCAGCGACUUCGGCCUGCCCACGGAGGGCGUGGACGCCGCCUUCGUCUGGCCGCAUAACGAGAAGACCUACUUCUUCAAGGGGAGCCGCUACUGGCGCUACGACGAUCACCUGCGGCGCAUGGACCUGGGCUACCCCAAGGACAGCGUGCUGUGGAAGGGGGUCCCGCCACAGCUGGACGAUGCCAUGAGGUGGUCUGACGGUUCCUCCUACUUUUUCAAGGGGAAGGAGUACUGGCGGGUGCUGGGGAGUGACAUGGAGGUGGAGGCAGGCUACCCACGGCCCAUUGGCAAGGACUGGCUGCUGUGCACCGAUAUGCAGUCUGACUCUCCGGCCCUGGAGGCCAACGGAACAGAGACGCGCUCGCACGGCCAGCGCCACGCCAGCCACGCGGAAAACAACUACGAGGUGUGCUCCUGCACCUCCGACUCGGCCACGCCCAUCUCACCCCACCUGACCCUCUCACCCCUCUGGCUGCUGACCCCCCUCUGGACACUCACAGUGACUCUCUCUACAGAGCUAUGAUGACAGGACCAGAGACUCGCAGACACACAGACAGACAAAAAAACAUCAAGCAGCUAGUCCACGGACAGGGGAGCAGUCUGCAUUUUCUUUUGUGCUUUUAUUUUUCUGUUUGGCGAUACAGAACAGCCACAUCACAAAAAGUCCAUCUGUGAAUAUUCCUGCAUAGUUAUUUUUUUACAU